AUGGCGAUUACAGAGGUUAUUUUUCCGAAGCUGAAGCCUGAUCAGGCCCUACUCAAACAAUUGGCGGCGACUCUCCCAACUGCCGCAAAGACAACAUUCUCGGGUGUUCCGGGCUUGUCAAGCUACUAUAGAGGAAAGGUCAUCGAAGCACAAAACGUUUCCCAGGCCGCAAAGCUCGACCAUAGUGGUCUUGUUCUGGUUUUAGAGUGGGACAAAAUAUCGUCAUUCAAUUCGUUCUGGGUCUCAGAAGGAUUCGCGGAUUUUCGGUCGGUAAUGAAACCGUUCAUGCUUAGUCCAGUCUCUCCAGAUUUGUUCUACUCCAACCUCCCAGACUCUGGCAGCACGACUACCAGCAACUACACACAGUAUAUCAAAGUGGAAAACUUAGGAAGUGAGGAUAAAAGUGUCGAGAAUUCUUGGAGGAACUUGACUCGAGAGAUCGGGCUGGAUGCUAAAUCCUUUCACGCUUGGGGCGUCCAGGAGAGUGAUGGAGCGUUUAUGGGGAUGCUUGGUUGGAGUAGUCUUGAGACUUUAAAAUCCAAAAACAAAAAGGAAUCCGUAAUGAAGGCCUUACACCAAUUGACUAAACAUGGCGAUGUUACUGCCUUUGUGCUAGAGUUAUCAAGGCAAUCUUAA